GUUUGUUUACAUGUUUGAAGUUUGAUAUCGUCUGUCGUAUAUUUUACAGCUUCUGUAGAUAUUUAAAAUUAUUUUUCACUGAAAUAACAUAGCUUUGUUUAAUAUUUUGCGGACUAUCGGGAUUUAUAUUUCAAAACGAAAUGUCUCAAAACUCAGAGAAGCCAGUAGUAAAUCAAGAUGUUUCAGAUCCCACGGGUCCUGCAGCCCGAAAAGGAGUUCUGAUAUCUUUUAGAACCGGCAAGACUAUGGAAAUACCAGAAAAAGAUAUAUUAGGAAGAUGUCGGUUUGUUGGCGAAUUUGAAAAAUUGAAUCGCAUCGGAGAGGGAACUUAUGGCAUUGUAUAUAGAGCUAAAGACAAAAUGAAUGGAAAUAUUGUGGCAUUAAAGAAAGUGCGUAUGGAUGUUGAAAAGGAUGGUUUACCUUUGAGUGGUCUCAGGGAAAUACAAGUAUUAAUGGCAUGUCAUCACGAAAAUAUUGUCCAAUUGAAAGAGGUUCUUGUGGGAAGAUCUCUUGAGAGUAUAUUUCUCUCAAUGGAAUACUGUGAGCAGGAUCUAGCAUCCCUACUUGAUAAUAUGUCAUCACCAUUUACCGAAUCUCAAGUGAAAUGUUUAAUGUUGCAAGUACUAAAGGGUCUUAAAUAUUUGCAUUCCAAUUUUAUUGUGCACAGAGACUUGAAAGUGUCUAAUCUUCUGCUUACUGAUAAAGGAUGUGUGAAAAUUGCGGACUUUGGUCUAGCCAGAUGGCUGGGUGCUCCUGCUCGGUGCGCUACACCACGCGUAGUGACUCUCUGGUACAGGGCUCCAGAACUUUUGUUGCAAUCACCCAAACAGACACCAGCCCUUGACAUGUGGGCGGCUGGGUGUAUCCUGGGUGAAUUGUUAGCUAAUAAGCCACUGUUGCCGGGCAGAACGGAAAUAGAGCAGUUGGAAUUGAUUGUUGAUUUGCUUGGCACUCCUUCCGAUGCAAUUUGGCCUGAAUUCAGUGCACUGCCAGCCCUACAAAACUUCACACUAAAGCAGCAACCCUACAAUAAUCUGAAGCAACGGUUCCCGUGGCUGUCAGCUGCAGGCUUAAGACUCCUCAAUUUCCUGUUCAUGUACGACCCUAACAAGCGCGCUACUGCCGAAGAAUGCUUACAGAGUUCAUACUUUAAGGAACAACCAUUGCCUUGCGAUCCAAAAUUGAUGCCGAGUUUUCCUCAGCACAGAAAUAUGAAAGGACAACAAAAAAGUUCAUCUAACCAACUCAAUAUACCUCUGUCGAACCUCAAUACGGGUGCGAACGACCAAACAAACAAUUUGCCAGCCAUUUCUGACUUAUUGGGCUCUCUAGUCAAGAAGCGAAGAUUAGAUUAAGGUAUAUUUAAUAAUACAUAACCUAGUUUAUAAAUUAAAGUUUUAAAAUAAAUGCUAAGCCAAGGUA